GAGAGAGAGAGAGAGAAGGUAUGUGUAAGAGAGGGAGAGAGUAAGAAAAAGAGGGAGAUUAAGAUAAAUAAAUAUUAAGAGAGCGAUAGAGAGGGAGAAAGGUAAAGAGAGAGUAAGAGAUAGAAAGUGUUAUUGAGAGAAAGCGUCUGAGAGAGGAAGUGGAAGAGAGAGAGACCUAGGAGGUGCAGCAGAAGUUGUGUGAUUGUAUCAGUGUGUCCCAAAGCAACAGUACUCUGAGGCUGAAGCAGAGCAGCAGGUUCUAUCAUCUGUCAGGCAACAGUCUGCAGGUUACGAACUGACACAAUGCCAAGCGUCGUCUGGAGUGGUGUAAAGCUUACGCCAUUGGACUCUGGAGCUGUGGAAAUACAUUCUCUGAUAUGGAUCUAGAGGAGUUUGACAACGUGACUCUGAGGUACAACGCCACCAACUGUCCAUCUAUCGAUGAAUUCCGUAACCAGGUGUACUCUACGGUGUACUCUAUCAUCACCGUGUUCGGCCUGGCCGGUAAUGGGUUCGCCUUGUUGGUUCUGGUUAAAACGUUCCGUCAGCGUUCUGCUUUCCACAUCUACAUGUUGAACCUGGCCGUGUCCGACCUGCUGUGUGUCUCCACGCUGCCGCUACGGGUCCUCUACUACGUUAAUAAGGGUCAUUGGAACCUGGGAGACUUCCUGUGCAGACUUUCGUCCUAUGCCCUCUACGUGAACCUCUACUGCAGCGUGUUCUUCAUGACUGCCAUGUCCGUCACACGCUUCCUCGCCAUCGUGUUCCCCGUGCAGAACCUGCGCCUGGUCUCAGAGCGUCGCGCCCGUUUGGUGUGUGUCUGUAUCUGGGUGUUCAUCUGCACUGUCUCCUCCCCCUUCCUCAUGACUGGUCAACACCUCCACCCAGCCACCAAUAAGACCAAGUGCUUCGAGCCUCCAGAGCGCAGAACAGGGGGUGGGCUUAAGAAGCUCAUCAUGCUCAACUACUUAUCAUUGGCUGUGGGCUUCGUCCUUCCCUUCCUGGUCAUCCUGCUGUGCUAUGUCGGGAUCAUUCGGGCCCUGCUGUCACGGCAACAUACUGCACAGCGCCAGAAGGGGGCGGGGUCUAAGGCUAUCCGAAUGAUCAUCAUUGUGAUGCUGGCGUUCCUGCUGUGCUUCAUGCCGUACCACAUCCAGCGCUCCGUCCACCUCAGCUUCCUGUCCCAGACUGCCACUUCCUGUUCGGAGCUGGUGUACAUGCAGAAGAGUGUGGUGGUGACACUCUGUCUGGCUGCCUCCAACUCCUGCUUCGACCCCUUGCUCUACUUCUUCUCUGGAGAGGGCUUCAGACGACGCCUGUCAAGCUUCAGGUCCACUAUCAGGACACAGAGACAACCGCAGAGACAGGGGGCACAGCCACCGCUGGGGAGGGGAACAAAGAGAGAGAGAGAACCGGUCCUACCCAGCACAGCAGAGACAAAGGGCACAGCCACAUCUGGGGAGGGGAACAAGCUAUAGGGGAGAGAGAAAGAGAGUUAAUCUGUCCAGUGUCUGUGUUCUUUUGCCCAUCUUAAUAUUUUAUUUUUAUUGGCCAGUCUGAGAUAUGGCUUUUUCUUUGCAACUCUGCCUAGAAGGCCAGCAUCCCGGAGUCGCCUCUUCACUGUUGACAUUGAGACUGGUGUUUUGCGGGUACUAUUUAACUUCUUAUGGUAUAGGGGACGCUUGUGUCCCACUUGGCCAAAAGCCAGGGAAAAUGCAGCACGGCAAAUUCAAAUAAAAUUAUAUAAAAAUCUAACAUUAAAUCACACAUGUAAGAUACUAAAUUAAAGCUACACUCGUUGUGAAUCCAGCCAACAUGUCAGAUUUUAAAAAGGCUUUUCGGCGAAAGCAGAAUAAGUAUUAUCUGAUGAUAGUACAACAGUAAACAAAGAGUAGCAUAUUUCAACCCUGCAGGCACUACACAAAACGUAAAAAUAAAAUAUAAAACAUGCCUUACCUUUGAAGAGCUUCUUUUUUUGGCACUCCAAUAUGUCCCAUAAACAUCACAAUUGGUCGUUUUGAUCGAUUAAUUCCCAUCCAUAUAUAUCCAAAAUGUCCAUUUAUUUGGCGCAUUUGAUCCAGAAAAAAACAGCUUCCAAAUUAGCGCAACAUCACUACAAAAUAUUUCAAAAGUUGCCUGUAAACUUUGCCAAAACAUUUCAAACUACUUUUGUAAUACAACUUUAGGUAUUUUUAAACGUUAAUAAUCGAUCAAAUUGAAGACGGGUCUAUCUGUGUUCAAUACAGGAAGACAACAAACCAAGCUACUUUUCAAGUCUUGCACAACUCUCAACAGUGUUACGCAGUUCCUAGAUGGCCGUACGUCUUCAUUGCACAAAGGAAUAACCACAACCAAAUUCCAAAGACUGGUGACAUCCAGUGGAAGCGGUAGGAACUGAAAACAAGUUCCUAAGAAAUAUAGUUUCACAAUGAGAAACUCACUGGACAGAGACCUACUCCCUGUGACGGGAGUAGUACAUGGCGUUGUACGAGAUCUUCAGUUUCUUGGCAAUUUCUCACAUGGAAUAGCCUUCAUUUCUCAGAACAAGAAUAGACUGACAAGUUUCAGUAGAAAGGUCUUUGAUUCUGGCCAUUUUUUGUCUGUAAUCGAAGCCAAAAAUGCUGAUGCUACAGAUACUCAACUAGUCUAAAGAAACCCAGUUUUAUUGCUUCUUUAAUCAGAACAACAAUUUUCAGUUGUGCUAACAGAAUUGCAAAACGGUUUUCUAAUGAUCAAUUAGCCUUUUAAAAUUAUACACUUGGAUAAGCUAACACAACGUGCCAUUGGAACACAGGAGUGAUGGUUGCUGAUAAUGGGCCUCUGUACGCCUAUGUAGAUAUUCCAUAAAAAAAUCUGCCAUUUCCAGCUACAAUAGUCAUUUACAACAUGAACAAUGUCUACACUGUAUUUCUGAUCAAUUUGAUGUUUAUUUUAAUGGUAAAAAAAAGUGAUUUUAUUUCAAAAACAAGGACAUUUCUAAGUGACCCCAAACUUUUGAAUGGUGGUGUAUUGUAACGUCUGCUUCCAACUCACAUUCUGCAACACAUAGAUCCCCUGAAAGCAGCUCACUCUGCAACACAUAGAUCCCCUGAACGCAGCUCACUCUGCAACACAUAGAUCCCCUGAACGCAGCUCACUCUGCAACACAUAGAUCCCCUGAAUGCAGCUCACUCUGCAACACAUAGAUCCCCUGAACGCAGCUCACUCUGCAACACAUAGAUCCCCUGAAUGCAGCUCACUCUGCAACACAUAGAUCCCCUGGACGCAGCUCACUCUGCAACACAUAGAGCCCCUGAACGCAGCUCACUCUGCAACACAUAGAUCCCCUGAACGCAGCUCACUCUGCAACACAUAGAUCCCCUGAACGCAGCUCACUCUGCAACACAUAGAUCCCCUAAACGCAGCUCACUCUGCAACACAUAGAGCCCCUGAAAGCAGCUCACUCUGCAACACAUAGAUCCCCUGAACGCAGCUCACUCUGCAACACAUAGAUCCCCUGAACGCAGCUCACUCUGCAACACAUAGAUCCCCUAAACGCAGCUCACUCUGCAACACAUAGAGCCCCUGAAAGCAGCUCACUCUGCAACACAUAGAUCCCCUGAACGCAGCUCACUCUGCAAUACCUAGAUCCCCUGAAAGCAGCUCACUCUCCAACACCUAGAUCCCCUGAACGCAGCUCACUCACCAACACACAGAUCCCCUGAACGCAGCUCACUCUCCAACCCAUAGAUCCCCUGAACGCAGCUCAUUCUGCAGAUCCCAAUCACCUGAAUUCUGAUCACCUGUUCACACACCUGUAUGUCAUUAUCACACACUAUUUAGUUCAGUUCUUUGCACCCCAUCACUGUGAGGUAUUAUUUGUUUUGUGACACAUGGCUUUCAGAGCACUGGGUUUCCUGUGAUUUACUCCCGUGUAUGAUAGUUUUUACCUGCCUCACUAACGAUGCCUGUUGCUUAUUUCCUGCCUGUACUUUAGCCUACUGGAUUUCCUGUUAUCAACCUAUGACCUGAUCUCCCGGACUACAUUACUAACCUUUUCCCUGCCUGUACUGUUGCCUUUUUGGAGCCCCUGUGUAUGACCUUCUGACUGCCCCUGGACCCAGCUACCUGCCUCCUCCUGUGGUCCUUUGCAAUAAACACCUGCUGCGCCCUGGGCUUGAAACCAGCUCUCUGUCACCCAUGGUGUUCAUUACAUAUAUAUAUAUCAGUAAUUUGGCUGCACAUAUUUUUAGAUAUCGGCCUAUUGUAAAUGUUAUUGCGUCACUCUCUUUUUUUCAACAAUAAAUACAAGUACAAACAA